ACAGACAAAAUCAACCCUCUCAAGGAUGAGCCCUGGCCCAGACAUGAGUGGGUGGAAGGGAGUCGGAGAGUCGGUCUUGUGGCUGUUAAACUUGGAAUGAUGCCUGUGUGGACUAAAUCUGGAGAGAGACACGUAGUGACCAUGCUGCAGGUGCAGGACUGUCAUGUGGUGAAACAUCUACCCAAAGAAGAAUAUGAUGGGCGCACAGCAGCUCUGAUUGUAGGUGGAAAAAACGUCUCUCCAUUUCAUAGGCCAGAGGGAUAUUUAGAGGUUUUCCGGAAUGCAGGAGUUCCUCCCAAGCAGAAACUCACCACUUUUUGUGUGUCAGACAAUGCCAUCAUCAAACCAGGCACUCCUCUCUAUGCAGCUCACUUCCGUCCAGGACAAUAUGUGGAUGUCACAGCCAAAACAAUUGGCAAAGGUUUUCAGGGAGUGAUGAAGCGCUGGGGGUUCAAAGGUCAGCCAGCUUCCCAUGGACAAACGAAAACACACAGGAGGCCAGGUUCUCUGGGACCGGGAGGGGACCCUGCAAAAGUUUUCAAAGGAAAGAAGAUGCCAGGCAGGAUGGGAAACAUUUACGACACCACUCAUGGCUUGAAGGUAUGGAGGGUGAACACCAAGUAUAACAUCCUCUACGUCAACGGUUCUGUCCCGGGUCACCGCAACUGUCUUGUUAAGGUCAGGGACUCGAUUCUGCCCACUCGGUUGGAGAACAACAAGAACCCACCGUUCCCCACGUUCUUUGCUGAUGGAGACGAGGAGAUCCCGGAAGACCUUUUCGAUGCGGACAUGUUCCAGUUUGGGGAGCCCAUGCCUGAAUGAGGUUGAGGUUGUGACCCCACAAUUCUUGCUUACCCUGGUGAAAAAUGCUGAGCAUGACAUGACCCUCGAUCAGGGUCUUUUAUCUAGUGCAUUCAGCAUUUCUGAGCUGAAAGACUUUUCAAGAAGUGAUUUUGUCAAGUAAACACAUAAACACAGGUUCAGGUACAGAGUAAACUCAUAUUUCUGUAUAACAGCUGAAUCAUGUUAAGGUGUCAAAUGCAGUUGUGUAUUUAAACAAUAAAACCUGUUUGAUAUAAUUA